AUGCAAGGAACUAGGUUGGUAACCAAUAUCGCAAACAUAGAACCGUCUUUAGCCUCGCAGUUAAUAGAAAACUUGACUUAUCUAUUUGACCCGCCAGAGCUUCAACCACCAUUUAUUGGUCCAUUAGGCCGUAAUACUGAUACUGAAUCUGAACAAAGUCUAGAUUCGAAUUUUAUUUUCCAAGUUACAGGCUCUCAACCGACACUUUUAGGUGUUGGGUCUCUUAAUCAACAACAAGCGGCUUUUGAAGCUAAUAAUGAAGAAGAAGAAAGCCCACGACCGCCACAAGCACGAACUUCGGUCAUCGAUGCUUUGCCACUUGUAAGUCUAACUCCAUCUCAUUUGGUUAACGACUCUCAUUGCCCGGUUUGCAAAGACGAGUUUGAGGUUGGAGGAGAAGUAAAGGAACUACCUUGUAAGCAUUUCUAUCAUUCUGAUUGUAUCAUCCCAUGGUUAAGCAUCCAUGAUACAUGCCCGGUUUGUCGUUAUAAGAUACAAGGCCUCUCAAACAACAACGAACAGGAACAUUAUGAAGACGCGUUUCCAAGACGAGAUUUUGAAAACAAUAUCAACAUGAAUCGCGGAUAG